AUGCCGCAUCUUACUCUCGCGGGGGACGCCUGCUUCACAGCGGCUGAAGCCCAGAAACUGCGGGACUUGAUCAACAAGGUCGCCCCCAUCAAGGUCGCGAACCUGCGCGGCACUUGGGUCUACUACGCACAUAUCGAGGGCGACGCCGGUGCUGCGCAAGAGAAACUCGCCCAAUUGCUUCCGCUGGCGAACAAUGCCGCGGAAGGCACCCCGCAGCUCACCCACAUUGGCCAUGGGCGCACCUGGUACGCGACGCCGCGUUACCUCUCGCCAUGGAGUUCCAAGGCCACCAGCAUCGCGCAGGUCUGCGGCUUCGAGAAACAGAUCCGCCAGAUCGAGCGUGGCCGCAUCAUUGCCGUCGAAUUCGAGCAGCCGUACAACGACAAGACGGUCCCGUUCCGCGACAUCUUGCACGACCGCAUGACCGAGACCCUCACAACCGAGACACCCGAUCUCAACACCAUGUUCGCCGAGGGCGUGUCUGCGCCCCUCGAAAUUGUCGACAUCUUCGCCGAUGGGCGAGACCCAGCGCAGGUGCUGAAUGAGUACAACAAGGCACGCGGUCUAGCCCUGGACCAGUCCGAGGUGGAAUACCUGGUCGAAAAGUUCACCCAGCUCGGUCGUCCGCCACAUGAUAUUGAGCUCUUCAUGUUUGCGCAGGUGAACUCGGAGCACUGCCGGCAUAAACAGUUCAAUGCGAACUGGACCAUCGACGGUAUCACCCGGGACAAGUCGCUCUUCGAGAUGAUUCGCAACACCCAUAAGGUGACUCCGGACUACACCGUGUCGGCCUACAGCGACAACGCAGCUGUCAUGGAGGGCGGGCAUACCAACCUCUGGGCCCCUGACUACUCGACGGGGUCUUGGAAGCUCAACAAGGAGCUUCUGCAUGUCUUGGCCAAGGUCGAGACGCACAACCACCCCACGGCCAUUGCCCCGUUUCCCGGUGCGGCCACUGGAUCUGGAGGAGAGAUCCGUGACGAAGGCGCCGUUGGAAGGGGUUCCAUGCCUAAGGCCGGGCUGUGCGGUUUCUGGGUGUCGGACCUACUCAUUCCCGACCACCGCGCCCCCUGGGAACUUGAUGUCGGCCGACCGGCGCACUUUGCGAGCAGUCUGGACAUCAUGCUCGAGGCCCCCAUCGGCAGCGCCCGCUUUAACAACGAGUUCGGCCGCCCUUGUCUCGCGGGCACGUUCCGCACGCUCCUUACGGCGGACGACACCCAGACGGAGGGCGAGUUCCGUGGCUACCACAAACCGAUCAUGAUUGCCGGCGGUGUCGGCACUGUCCGGGAGAAGCAUGCGCUGAAGCGUCCCGAGGAUGUCGUCGAGGGCGCACAUGUUAUCGUCCUUGGAGGCCCUGCCAUGCUCAUUGGUCUUGGUGGUGGUGCGGCGUCGAGCAAUGCUUCGGGCGAGGGCAACGCCGAGCUCGACUUUGACAGUGUCCAGCGCGGCAACCCUGAGAUGGAGCGCCGCGCGCAGAUGGUCAUCAACACCUGCGUGUUCCUGGGUGACAACAACCCCAUCGCCAUGAUUCACGACGUUGGCGCGGGCGGCCUGUCGAAUGCGCUGCCUGAGCUGGUCCGGGAUGCCGGGUUUGGUGGCCGCUUUGAGCUUCGCCAGGUCGAGAGCGUGGACAAAAGUAUGAGCCCGCUGCAGAUUUGGUGCAACGAGGCGCAGGAGCGCUAUGUGGUUCUUGUCAACAGCGACGGAAUGGAGCGCUUUACCAGCAUCUGCCGCCGUGAACGCUGCGGUUUCUCGGAUGUGGGAACCGUCCUCUCGCGCGAGCAAGACGGUGUCUCCAAGUUGAUUCUCAGUGACAAGGAAUCCAACGAGUACCCACGCCCGAUCGACGUUCCGAUGGAUGUCCUUUUCCCCAAGGGCCGCAAGCUGGACCGCAUCGUCGACUCCAAGAAGCCCGCGUGGCCAGUCUUUGACCCCGUCGCUAGCCUGAAAUCAGCUGUUGACGGCGGCUCUCUCAGCGAUACCGAUCUCUUCAAACAGGCCGUGCAGCGUGUCUUCUGGAUGCCCUCGGUCGGCUCCAAGUCCUUCCUCAUCACCAUUGGCGACCGAACCGUCGGAGGUCUGACAGCCCGCGAUCAGAUGGUCGGCCCCUGGCAGACUCCCGUGGCGGAUGUCGCGGUGACUGCUACGGCGUUCAACCUCGACGGCGUGAGGACGGGUGAGGCGAUGGCCAUGGGGGAGAAGCCUACCCUGGCGCUCAUCUCCCCUGCUGCCUCUGCCCGGAUGGCUGUCGCGGAGAGUUUGCUCAACCUAGGCGCGGCUGACAUCAAGGCCGGCCGGCAUCGCGGCGACCUGCGGCGCGUCAAGCUCUCGGCGAACUGGAUGGCCGCUGUCAACCACCCGGGAGAGGGCGCAGCUCUGUUCGAGGCCGUCGAGGCCAUCGGCAUGGAACUAUGCCCGGCGCUGGGCAUCAGCAUCCCCGUGGGCAAGGACUCAACGUCGAUGAAGUCGUCGUGGAAGGAUGGCGAGACCAAGAAGAGUGUCACAGCUCCCGUGUCGGUCGUCAUCUCGGCCUUCACCCUGGUCGAGGACAUCCGCCGCACCUGGACCCCCCAGCUGCGUCGCGUUGAGGACGUGGGCGAGACGGUUCUGUUGUAUGUCGACCUGGCGCAGGGCCGCAAGGCGUUGGGUGGUUCUGCCCUGGCCCAGUCUCUGGGUGCCAUCGGCCACGAGGCGCCCGAUGUCCGCGAUGUGGAUCUUCUCAAGGACUACUUCGACGCCCUGGCUCAGCUGCACGAGAGCGGCGUGGUCCUCGCGUACCACGACGUGUCCGACGGCGGUCUCAUCACCACCGUCGCCGAGAUGAUGUUUGCCGGCCGCUGCGGCGUCGACAUCCUGCUGGACGGCAUCGCAGCCUCCAAGAACCUGCCCGACCUGGUCGACGCGCUUUUCCACGAGGAGCUAGGCGCUGUCUUCCAGGUCCGCGCCUCGGAUGAGAUCAACUUCAAGCGCUGCUUUGCAACCUGCGGCCCGCCUGCGGGGUUGAUCCGCAAGUUCGGCUUCGUCCAGCCCACAACCAAGCAGGCACUGACCAUCCGCUACGGCGAGGGCGCACCAUUCAUCAGCCUCGACCGCGCCGAGAUGCAACAAUGGUGGAGCAAGACCUCCUUCGAGAUGCAAAAGCUGCGCGACACCCCAGCCUGCGCCGAAUCCGAAUUCGCAACCAUCCUCGACUCCCAAGACCCCGGCCUCUCCUACAACCUCACCUACUCCCCCACCGAAAACAUCGCCCCCCUAACAGCCUCCAUCUCCGGCUUCUUCGGCAAGACCCCGCGCGUCGCCAUCCUCCGCGAGCAAGGCGUCAACGGCUACGCCGAAAUGGCCUUCGCCUUCCGCGCAGCGGGCUUCGACGCCGUCGACAUCCACAUGACAGACAUCAUCUCGGGCCGUUCCCUCUCCGACUUUGUUGGCCUCGCAGCCUGCGGCGGCUUCUCCUUCGGCGACGUCCUCGGCGCCGGCCAGGGCUGGGCCAAGUCCAUCCUGCUGCACGACCGCGCCCGCCAAGAACUUGCUGCCUUCUUCGCUCGCAAGGACACUUUUGCUCUCGGCGUCUGCAACGGCUGCCAGAUGCUGUCUCGGUUGAAGGAACUCAUCCCCGGCGCGGAGCACUUCCCUUCCUUUGUCGCCAAUGCUUCGUCCCAGUUUGAGGGCCGCGUCAGCAUGGUGAAGGUCUCACCGUCCACUUCGCCGGCUACAUCCUCCGUCUUCUUCCACGGCAUGGCCGGCUCCAGUCUCCCCAUCGUCGUCUCGCACGGCGAAGGCCGCGCCGAGUUUGCAUCCCCCGCGGAUUACACCGCCCUAGACGAGGCGGGUGGCAUCCCGCUGCGGUAUGUGGAUAACCGGCUGAAUGUGACGGAGGAGUACCCGUUCAAUCCCAAUGGGAGUCCCGGUGGUGUGGCGGGUGUGGCGAGCCGUGAUGGGAGGGUGCUGGCUAUGAUGCCACAUCCGGAACGGACGAUUUUGGCGGAUGUGGGGAGUUAUGUGCCGAGGGAGGAGGUGGAGGAGUGGAAGGAGUUUGGGCCGUGGUUGAGGAUGUUUAGGAGUGCCAGGCGGUGGGUGGGGUAG